CGGCUCAAUGUCCCCUCCUUUUUACUUUAGCUUUUCAUUUCAAAAAGCUAUUCUUUCUUAAUUACUCAUAUCACAUGCAAACACCAACAACCAAACAACACCUUUAAACCAAACAGUUACCAAACCCCACUUUCCAAUUUCUUCAUUCAUUAUCUAACAUAACAUCCCUUUCCUUUUCUAUUCAUUCAUAAAUAAAAACCAAUAACCACUUUCUCAUAUAUCAUAUCACACCCCAAUUUCAUGGCCAACCCCUCCUCCACCACCACCAUCACAACCACCGCCAAACGCCAAAAACACUACCACCACCACCAUCACCACCACCACAAAGAUCAUCAUCAUAUUCUCAUACCUGGUCUCCCUGAUCACAUAGCUCAACUAUGUCUCUCUUCAAUCAACCCUUCUCUUCUCUUCAAAGUAUGUCAUUCAUGGCGUAGACUUAUCUACUCACCUUCUUUUCCAUCUUUCUUCUCUCUCUACGCCAUUCUCUCUCCUCCCAAAUCACACCAUUCCCAUUCAAUUCAAUUCCACAAUUUCGACCCCAUAUCAAACACCUGGCAGAUCCUCCCUCCCCCGCCACAAAACACAUCCCUCCAAAACAUCCUCCUCCACCACCCUUCAUUCCUCUCUCGAAACCUCUCCGUUCAAUCAAUCUCCGUCUCAGACAAUCUCAUCCUCCUCGCCGCCACAACCUAUAACCUCUCUCCAGCACUAUCCCAUCCUUUGAUCUUCAAUCCAUUCCAAGGCUGGUCAUCCGGACCAGCCCUCGCUAAUCCACGCCGAUGGUGUGCGCUAGGCAAAUACAACGGCACGGUCUAUGUAGCAAGUGGCAUCGGCUCUCAUUUCUCCAUCGACGUAGCAAAGUCGAUAGAGACCUGGGACCCGAUCAACACUAGUAAUUGGGAGAAGAAAUCCGAGAUGAAAGACGGAAGGUUUAGUAGAGAAGCUAUUGAUGCUGUUGGAUGGAGAGGGAAGCUUUGUAUGGUGAACGUGAAAGGCGAUGCUGCUAAAGAAGGUGUUGUAUAUGAUGUUGAAGAGGAUACAUGGAAAGAGAUGCCGGAGGGGAUGUUGUUAGGGUUUAGAGGACCGGCGGCGGCGAUGGAGGAGGAAGUGAUGUAUGUAGUGGACGAAGGUAAAGGUAUUCUUAGUAGAUACAAUCCAGAAGAUGAUGUUUGGGAAGAGAUUUUUGAGUCUCAGAGACUCAAAGGAGCUGAACAAAUGGUCGCGAAACGAGGUAGGAUUUGUGUGGUUUCCACCGCCGGGAUCUCUGUUAUUGAUGUAGCGGCGGAUCCGCCGAGAAUCUCGGUGGUGGAGUUACCGGAUGGAUUUGAAGCGGUGGCUGUUCAUGUCUUGCCGCGGAUGCCGGUAACUGAUUUUGCCGUCCAAGUUUGAGUGGACGAGUUUUAUUUUUGUGUAUAAAGAAAAUA